AUGGAGUCGACGCUUCCUCUGCCGUUCCUCAUCAGCGUCAAUGUCCCGCCGGGGCUCGGAGGAGAGAGGGAGGGGCUCAACCGCGAGGAAGUCUCAUGUCUGGGAACUGUCUUCUUUACCGUGAAGCCGCAGACAUAUGAGAAGAUUUUCCGUUUCCUCGGCCGCCACAACACCGAAUUCCAGCCCUUUUUCGACGUGACACAGCUCGAGUCCCGCGAUGAUGUCGUUUCUCUUAUCGACGCUGGCGCUCGCAAGGUGUUUGUCCGCCCUGAACAGCUUCCCGAUUUCGCCGAGUUUGGCUCCCGAGUAGCCCCUGUUGUGUCUGGCGCCAACCCGGCGCAAUUGGCUUCUGCCACUGAGCACGGCCUUCUCGUUUCCGACUUUGAUAUCACCGCUGCCGAGACUGCGCGGUUUGUCGAGGAGGCUAAGGCGAAGAAAAUCGCUUCUUUCUUUGUCAAGCCUAUCGCUGGUGUUGACCUCGAAAAGUUCAUUGGUGUUGCGGCACAGGUUGGCGCUAUUCCUAUUCUUCCCUCGACUGAUGUAACCAGCAAGGAGCAGGCCGGAAAGCUUGCUGUUCCUAAGAUUCUUGCUGCUUCGUGGAAGUCAGACCGUGCCGAUGGCUUGAUUCCUACCGUGGUGGUUGAUGAGCAUGACACUGCUCUUGGCUUGGUGUACAGCAGCGAGGAGAGUGUUGGUGAGGCUCUCAGGACACAGACUGGUGUUUACCAGAGCCGGAAGCGUGGGUUGUGGUACAAGGGUGCUUCUUCUGGGGACACUCAGGAGCUUGUGCGGAUAUCUCUGGAUUGCGACAAUGAUGCGCUCAAGUUUGUGGUGCGGCAAAAGGGGCGGUUCUGUCACUUGGAGCAGUCUGGCUGCUUUGGCGAUCUGAAGGGUAUCAAGAAGCUGGAGCAGACUCUUGUCUCAAGGAAGCGGUCUGCGCCACAAGGCUCAUACACUGCUCGUCUCUUCUCUGAUGAGAAGCUGUUGAGGGCGAAGAUCAUGGAGGAGGCUGAGGAGCUUUGCGAUGCCAAAACCGCCGAGGAGGUUGCUUUCGAGGCCGCGGAUCUCAUCUACUUUGCCAUGGCGAGAGUUGUUGCCGCUGGUGUGUCUCUUGCUGACGUUGAAAAGAGCCUCGAUGCCAAGAGCUUCAAGGUCAAGAGGAGACAGGGCGAUGCCAAGGGCAGGUGGGCUGAAAAGGAGGGCAUCAAGACAGAGACCAACGGAGCGGCGCCACCAGCACCAGCGCCAGUAAAGGAGGAGCCCAAGAAGGACGAGAGGAUUCUGAUGAAGGUUCUCGAUGCGGGUGAAGUCACCACACAAGAGCUCGAUGCGGCCCUAAAGAGACCAUCACAAAAAUCGGCCGACGCCAUCAUGAAGAUUAUUGUGCCAAUCAUCGAUGACGUACGGAAGAAUGGCGACAAGGCACUUCUCUCAUACACUCACAAGUUCGAAAGGGCGACAUCUUUGACCUCUCCAGUACUCAAGGCGCCGUUCCCCGAGUCCAUGAUGCAGCUUCCCGCGGAGACCAUCAGGGCCAUCGACGUGUCAUUCGAGAACAUCAAGAAGUUCCACGCCGCUCAAAAAGACGAGAAGCCGUUGCAGGUCGAGACCAUGCCCGGUGUUGUCUGUAGCCGUUUCUCUCGCCCUAUCGAAGCCGUUGGCCUUUACGUGCCCGGUGGUACCGCCGUUCUGCCCAGCACCGCGCUCAUGCUUGGUGUACCGGCUAUGGUAGCCGGCUGCCAGAAGAUUGUCAUUGCCUCGCCGCCUCGCUCCGACGGCAGCAUCACCCCUGAGAUUGUUUACGUCGCCCACAAGGUUGGCGCUGAGUCGAUUGUCCUCGCUGGUGGUGCCCAGGCUGUUGCUGCCAUGGCUUAUGGCACUGAGAGCGUGACCAAGGUUGACAAGAUUCUCGGCCCUGGUAACCAGUUCGUCACGGCGGCCAAGAUGUACGUCAGCAAUGACACCAACGCCGGCGUCGGUAUUGACAUGCCCGCCGGUCCUUCCGAGGUCUUGGUUGUUGCCGACAAGGACGCCAACCCAGCAUUUGUCGCCUCUGAUCUCUUGUCCCAAGCUGAGCACGGCGUCGACAGCCAGGUCAUUCUCAUUGCUAUUGACCUGACUGAUGCCCAGCUCGCUGCUAUUGAAGAUGAGGUUCACAACCAGGCCAUGGCCCUCCCGCGUGUGGACAUUGUCCGGGGGUCUAUUGCUCACUCGCUGACUGUCAAGGUCAAGACUGUGGAGGAGGCGAUGGAGAUCAGCAACAGGUAUGCGCCUGAGCACUUGAUUCUUCAGAUCAAGGACGCGGAGAAGGCGGUGGAGAAGGUGAUGAAUGCGGGGAGUGUGUUUAUUGGGGAGUGGACGCCUGAGAGCGUGGGUGAUUACUCGGCUGGUGUUAACCACUCUUUGCCUACUUAUGGCUUCGCCAAGCAAUACUCUGGCGUGAAUCUCGCCUCGUUUGUCAAGCACAUUACCAGCUCUAACCUGACGGCUGAGGGGCUGAGGAAUGUGGGAGGGGCGGUGAUGCAGUUGGCUAAGGUUGAGGAGCUGGAGGCUCACAGACGGGCGGUGGAGAUUCGGUUGGAGCAUAUGAACAAGGCUUGA